AUGCCGCUGGUGGUUGGUGAAAGUGGAGGAGGCGACCGCUCCGCCCCAGCCAUCACAGACACUUUCUCCAGGUCCCAAUGCAAUGGGGACCUGGGUGGCAAGCCUUUUCAGGGGGGCGACCCCCAUGGGUCAGUGUUGGCACCAAUAAUGUUUGUGGUGUAUAUAAAUGAUAUGGUGGAGAAUGUAUCCAGCUAUGUGAGUCUUUUUGCUGACGAUGCAAAACUUAUGAGAAGAGUGAAGGGAACGAAAGAUUGUGAAGAAUUACAAAGAGAUAUAGACAAGGUGUGGGAGUGGAGCAACAGAUGGCAAAUGGAAUUUAACUCUGGCCCAAUGCUACAAGAGAAAGGGCGUGAUUUAGCAAAGAAGAUGGGUGAGAAAGGGGCAUGCCAGUUCUCUGAUGGCUGGCUCUACAGGUUCAAGGUUCGUCACAGCAUAAGGAAGCUGGACAUCUCGGGAGAAUCAAAAUCUGCUAAGUUACUCUUGGCUGAAGAGUUUGUUGACAGGUUUGCAAAGAUAGUUGAGGAGCAUAACCUGACGUCUGAGCAGAUUUACAACGCUGAUGAGACUGGCCUGUUCUACCGCUGUCUGCCAAGAACCACACUUGCAAGCGAGUCGGAGGGAGACGUGAAGGGAUUCAAACAGAGCAAGGACAGGCUGACAGUUCUGUGCUGCGCUAGCAUGGCUGGUAUGCACAAAGUCAAGUUGUGCGUGGUUGGCAAGCACAAGAAGCCGCGCUGUUUUAAGAACGUGAAUUACCUGCCUGUCGAUUAUCAUAACCAACGAAGUGCUUGGAUGACAGCUGAAAUUUUUUUUGACUGGUUCAAGCAUUGCUUUGUGCCAUCUGUCAAGGAAAAUCUGAAGAAAAAUUAUCUCCCAGAGGACAGUAAGGUAGUUUUAUUAUCAGAUAAUUGUAGAGCUCAUCCACCAGCAGAGGAACUUGUGGGAAAUGUUUUUGCUGUAUAUUUGCCCCCUAAUGUCACAAGUGUUAUUCAACCCAUGGAUCAGGGAGUCAUUCAAAAUUUUAAGAUGAACUUUUGUAAGAGAUUCCUUCACAAACUUGUUAAUUAUGAGGAAGGCCCAAUCCCCGAGUCCCAAAAACAGUUUAACGUUAAGGAUACGAUAUUCAUGGCUUCACUUGCUUGGCUAGAUGUUAAAAGGCAAACAUUGAUGCGAUGUUGGUGCAAAUUGUACCCUUUGAUGAUGUGUGAUGAUGAGGAUGAUGAGGAGUUUGAAGGGUUUGUAGAUGGCAUGAAAAAUUCAGUGGUGAGCGAGCUGAGGGAAAUGGGGGGAAAUGUGCAACUUAAAGUGACAGAUGAAGCGUUACAGGAAUGGGUGGACGUGGACGAAAAUCAGGCCGUAACAUUCACUCUCACAGACGAGUAA